CCUCCAUCCAAGCGGCUGCCAUUCGGAUCUUCGCCUCAAGCGGGGAACGAUGACCGUGGUCCAAUGGCGCCAGUUCACUUUUUUCGAGCGCAACGAGGUGGUGGAUAACGAAGACAGCAGUCAGUCACCACAAUGGCUACAAGACCUGGAGAUCACAGCAAGCACGAACGGAAGGGGCCAUCUGUUCUUUGGAGACGCGACUGGAGCUAUCAUCAUCCUCAACCAUGCGCUUUCGGUGGUCUUCUCUUUUCAAGCGCAUGAUCGACGUGUUACACACUUGAAGCACAUGAAGUACAGAAAUCAACUCGUCUCCAUUGGGGAGGAUGAGAGCGGUAUACCAAUUGUAAAGGUGUGGAAUCUGGACAAGCCGGACAAAGCUGCCAAAACGCCAAUCCUGCAGCGUAGCAGUAAAAUCCAAUAUGGCCACAAGGUCUUUCCGGUCACAGCGCUAGCUGUAUUGGAGAACAUGACCCAAGUAGCCAUUGGAUUAGAGAAUGGAGUAGUAGUACUGAUACGAGGUGACAUAUCAAGAGACCGGUUUACAAAGUCGAAAAUAAUACAUGAAGGAAGCGAAAUGAUUACUGGUCUUGGUUUCUGUGAGGACGGCAAAAGCACUCGGUUGUACAUUGUGACCCUUGCGCGAAUCUUAACGUGUGACACUUCGAACAAAGACCUAAAGCAAGCACUAGACGACCAAGGAGGCGAGAUAGGAGCCGUUAUUCUUACAGCGCAGGAGACCAACCAAGAGAUUGUUAUUGGGCGACAAGAGGCAGUAUAUUUUUACGGGCUGGAUGGGCGGGGACCAUGCUUUGUGAUCGAUGGGGAAAAAACAUCGUUAAGUUGGUUUCGAAACUACUUGGUUGUUGUGACACGCGAAUCCCGGAAUGCUACGGCGCCAACGUCAGCUUUAGCGGACUACAUGGGAGGAACCGGAAACGACGCCGACACAAUUAUACAUGCAUCUCCAUCUGAGACAACACCAGGGACAGUGCUGACCUUGUAUGACCUUAAGAACAAAUAUGUGGCCUUUACCGGGACCUUGAGCGGGAGCGGAUACCGUGGACAACCGAUUCGGGCUGUUCUGGGCGAGUGGGGAGAGCUUUUUAUAGUGACGGAAGACCGAAAGAUGUAUCGCCUGCAGGAAAAAGACAUGGACACCAAGCUGGACAUCUUAUUUAAGAAGAAUAUGUACACUCUUGCAAUCAACCUGGUUAUGUCAACUCAAAGUAUGACCUCUGCUGAUGCCACUGACGAGGAUCCAGCAUCCGUAACGAAGGCCACGACGAACUCGGAAUAUGAUUUUGGAACGGUUGUAGAGAUAUACAAGCGUUACGGAGAUUGGUUGUACUCCAAGGGGGAUUACGAUGCCGCAAUCCAGCAAUACCUUCACACCAUCGGCCAGUUGGAACCUUCUUAUGUCAUUAGAAAAUUUCUGGACGCUCAACGGAUUCACAAUUUGACAUCGUACUUGCAAGCAUUGCAUGAGCAGAAUCUUGCCAAUGCCGACCACACCACCCUGCUACUGAACUGCUACACAAAGUUGAAGGAUGUCCAGCGGUUAGAUGAGUUUGUCAAAACAGAUCGAGAGCUAAAGUUCGAUGUGGAAACAGCCAUUCGUGUGUGCCGGCAGGGUGGUUACCACGAGCACGCAUUGUGGCUGGCCAAGAAGUUUGGCGAGCACGAAUGGUAUAUGCGAAUCCAGUUAGAGGAUCUGAAGCAGUACUCUGAAACUGUUGAAUACCUAUCGGAACUGGAGCCACGGGAGGCGGUGCGCAGUUUGGGUCGAUACGGAUACAUCCUGGUUACUGAAAAGCCUUCAGAAAUGACCGAGGUCCUGCUAAAAUUGUGUUCAGAACCACUCGCGUCCGGAGCUCAAGAGCAAAAGACGGCAGCGUUACCAGAAGACGUAAUUCAUCUCUAUGUCAACAGGGCUGAAUGGUGUGUCCGCUUCCUGGAGCGAAUAUUAGAAAGGCGAUGGGGUGUGAUCAUCGGUGGGAAAGGGAAAGGACCGGCCACUGAUACGCCAGAUAAAGUCCAACUGGAUUCCUCACAGGACGUAAUGGAUAAAGAUGCUGAGAGCAAGCGAAUUGUCUGCAAUACACUGUUAGAGCUGUACCUAGGAGCGGGGCAGCAGUCAACGUUGACGGUAACUGACGAGAAUUCUGCCAAUGAACAAGCGCAGAUGGAGAGUGUGGACGAGACGACAAGGUUGCGCUGGCGAAAUCAUGCGUUUGAUCUGCUGCGUAGUCCAAGUGCAACCUACGAUCUAGAUCAUGCACUAGUCCUUUGCAAGAUGCAUUCCUUUGGGGAGGGCAUUCUCUACGUUUAUGAGCGACUAGCACUCCAUAAGGACAUCUUGCAACAGCAUAUGGAUGCUGAGGAUUAUUCUAGUAUAAUUGCGACUUGCAAGACCUACGGGGAUCAAGAUCCUAGUUUGUGGACACAUGCCUUAGCCUAUUUUGCCGAGAAGGGGACUGGUCUUGGAGGGCCGAAUCCACAGGAAGACCUGUUGGAGGUUUUGGACAACAUUGAUCGGCGCAAUCUCCUUCCUCCAUUGCAAGUAAUUCAGGUGUUGGCACGGAAUUCUGCCGUGACAAUCGAGAUGGUGCGGGACUACAUUGUGAGAAGAGUGGAAGCGGAAAAAAAGGCCAUUGAUGAGUCACAGAAAUUGAUCGCCAGUUACCGAGAGGAAACUGAACGUAUGCGCGGGCAAAUUGAGGAGUUGAAGACAAGCCCGAUUGUUUUCCAGGUGACCAAGUGUGAGCUCUGCCGACAUUCACUUGAACUGCCGACGGUUCAUUUUCUAUGCAAACAUUCGUAUCACCAAAGAUGUCUUGGAGAUGCAGAUCAAGAGUGCCCGCGAUGUGCUCCAGAGCAUCGGAUGAUUCAAGAUUUGGUGCGCAGCCAGGAAGCGAAUGCGGGACGACAUGAGAUAUUCAUGCAUAAGCUUGAAGCAUCGGACGACCGAUUUGCUAUUAUUGCCGAAUGGUUCAGCAAAAAUGCAUUCGCCACCGCUCGAUUAACAGACUAGAAUCAACUAGUCAAAAUCCCAGGAGCGGUCCAGUUCCACGAAACAAGCAAUGGCCAAGUCAUUCUCCAUUUAUGCGAGCAUUUGAAGGUUGAAGGAAGAUCUAUUGCGCACUCUGCAUAGCUUCCUGUCGCUCCUUGUGCAGCUCCGCCACCCAUCUCUUUACUGUGGGAUGCUUAAACUUUCCAUCUGUUGACUUGAAAAAUGAAUCCAAUCGCUUUCCUUCAUGCCCUGUACAAUAAUUAGGCCUGAGUACAACGUUAACAUGAGGCUCAGUGCCAUUCAUAUCUUACGUUUUUCAUACUCGACC